AUGGCGCAACUACGGAAAAUGGUCAGCGGUCCGAUCCCCCCUGCUCUCCGAUACUCGACGCUUCCGCCAACGCCGAUGACCGAGCUCGACUUCUACCGCGCCCUUGUCAAAGACCCCAAGCAGACGGCCGCUCGCCUGCCAAGUUUGUUGUCCAACAAGGUGCGGAAGGGUGUCCCACCGCCGUUGCGAGGUGUGGUUUGGCAGAGCAUGGCGGGUGCCCGGGACAGCGCCCUGGAGGAGGUGUUCGAGCGAUUGACUGGCGAAUCGAGUCCGUAUGAGGGCGUUAUAAGCAAGGACCUCGGCCGAAGCUUCCCCGGCGUCGACAUGUUCAGAGAUCCGGAAGGCGACGGUCAGCGAAUGCUGGGCCGAGUUCUCAAGUGCUUCAGCCUUUACGACACCAAAAUCGGAUAUUGCCAGGGGCUAGCGUUCCUCGUUGGACCGCUGCUGAUGCAUAUGCCGGAUAACCAAGCCUUUUGCGUUUUGGUUAGACUCAUGGAAAACUACGAUCUGCGCCAAUGUUUCGUUCCCGACCUGUCUGGGCUGCACAUCCGAAUCUACCAAUUUCGCGAGCUGUUGCGACAGCAUUUGCCCACUUUGUCGGCCCACCUCGACGAUUUGCAGGUUGAACCCGCGUAUGUUUCACAAUGGUUCCUGUCGUUCUACGCCGUAACGUGCCCCUUGCCAAUGCUGUUUCGCAUCUACGAUGUGAUUUUCGCCGAGGGCGCAUCGGAGACCAUCAUGCGGGUGGCGCUGUCGCUCAUGCGCAAGAACCAGGUGCGCAUCUUGGGGUGCACCGAACUGGAAGACGUAAUGCAUCUCCUUCUGUCACGGGGUGUUUGGGAUUGCUAUAACCACAACGCCGACGAAUUUGUCCAAGACUUUGUCGCGCUCGCCAACGUCGUUACCAAGGAGCGAAUGGUAGCGCUCGAACAGGGGUACAAGGAAGCUAAGAUUAGCCCCAGCGCCAAUCACCGUGGGACAGAGGGGGCACAAGCGUCGGCGGAUGUCACCACCGCCGCCUCCCGUUUCCUGGGUCGCCUCUGGGCUUCCUCUACCACUCCUAGGUUUGCCACCUUUUCGGCAACAGCUCAGACUUCGGGACCCGCGUCCGUCAGCAGUACUCUCAACCCUGGACUCGGAGCUGCAUCACGGCCGCUUAGCAUGCUUCGGCGCAGCACGUCGAAACAAAGCCUCUCGUCGAUGGAGGCGGUCUCAUCGACUGCGUCAUCCGCCGCUAGCGUUCUCAGUUCCGUUUCAACUGAAGCAACCAACAUCUCGCGCGACAGUUCUGCCGAUGAUACACCCAGGGAAGCCACGGCGCUGCCGUCCAAGACAGCGCCCAGCUUCUCGGGGAGCGUCAAUACAUCAAAGGAUGGCAGCAAGUACUUACACAGUCAGAUCGAAGAUCUACUCACCGCGCUCAGCGAGCUGCAACGGAAUCACGCUUUGCUGGCCAGCCAAUUACAACGGGAGAAGGAAGAGCGCGAGGAUGACCGUCGGGCUGUCCGAUCGCUAUUGGAUGGCUUGCGCAAAAAGGCGGAUGGAGGCGAUAUGGGGAGCGACGCAAUAUCGACUGGCGCAAUUGGCCCGACAGCCGAACAACUUUCCGAUCUACUCGACAUCGUCGAGGUGCGUUUCGACGAGGCGACCACCAGCCCAAGGUCAUCGGCGCCAGAGACGAAACUACAACUACGAGACGAGUUGGCUCGGGCGAAAGACCAACUAUCACAGGAGCGGGCCAAGUCGAAGCAGUACGAUCGCAAGGUGCAGGAAAUGGAACAGGAAAUUUCCACCCUGAAGGACCAAUUGAGGGACACCCACGCACACGUUCGCAAUGUACACCAAGAGAAACAACGACUCGAAAGGCAGAUGCAAGGGAUGCGAUCGAGGGCAUCGGACACACCGGCGAGCACAGAUAAUAAGGGCGAGUGGUUUCCAAAGGCCGGCGGAGGUGCGGCGGCGGUUGGGCUGCGCGAGCUCAAGUUGGGCCGCAGCAGGUCGACACCGUCACAAACGGCCUCAACUUUUAGUAACAAACGCAUAUCCACGAUGACGAUGAAGAAGAAAAGCAGUAGCGAGUCGCUGGCGGCCAUGGCUGCGCAGCCCGCUGGCGCAUCGGGACCGACCCAACUCACAGCCUCGCCUGACGAGAACGAUGCUCUGGUGCUUGAGUUGGUGCAAGCCAAGACAGCGGAAGCGGUUGCGCGGCAGGAGCUGGAAGAGGCGAAGCAGAAGCUCGAGCAGCUCCGGAAAGCGUUCGGGCUCGCGCCGGGAGAGACACCGCCGGUUUUGCAUAGCCGCAGUGCGACCCCGUCGGCAGCUUCCGCGGCCAUGGAUAUGUUUGGUCGUCUAACGGGCUCCAACACCACCCCGACUAUAUCAGAACCGCCUUCGAAGGCGCCGACGCCGCCCGCGGGGAACAACACGCCUGGCGGUGGCUUUUGGGGGUGGAGAAGGUGA